AUGAAUCAACAACAACAGCAGCAGCGUCGGCAGCAACAACCACUACGACGACAACAACAACAUCAGCAGCAGCAACAAACACUGCCACUACUGCGACCACCACCACUACCACCACCACAAGAACCCGGACAGCAACAGCAACCACGACAACAACGACAGCAAACACCGCCACCACUGCGACCACCACCACAGGAACCCCGGCAACCCCGGCAACCACCGCCGCCACAAGAACCCCUGCAACCUCUGCAACCCUUGCAGCAAACCCAGCAACAUGUAGACCAAGAGCAGCACGAAGAACAACGCGUACGGCGAGAGGCAAAACGGCAGGAAGCUCUGCUUGUAGAACAGCGUAUACAGCAACAGUGGCUACAAUGGCGGGCCUCAAAUAAGACACAAAAAGAACUUGCUCUCCUUUUACAUUUCGAUCAAAUAGAACGUGUAAGAAAUCUAUGGUCAAUCUACCACCGAGAUAGAAAGCGAGUGAGCCCGCCCGAAAAUGCCGAUCUAUACCAGGAUCUAGAUCAAGCAAUAUGCCGAAUAGUGACUGCCACAGCGACGCCCGAUGAGGCGGAAAUAUUUGUCUUCUAUGUCAAUUGGCUACCUGCCCUUGCCUUGUUCCGAUCUUACUAUCAAUUCCAGACGUAUCAUGAUCAGGGGAAGUACUUUGAAGCGAACAGACUGGCGACUGCAUACUCUCUGGCUUUUGAUCUCGAUCCUCUACCAGCUUACUUUUUACGCGAAGAGGAUAGAGCAGCAGGCGGGCCUGGAGAGGUGGUGGACGAGAAGGUAGGCGCGGAAGGGGGCCAUGGACCGGACCUGGAGUGGAGGAGGGAAGUGGACGAGGAGGUGGCCGCGGAAGAGGGCCGGGGGUUAGACCAGGAAGUGGACGAGGGGGUGGAUCUGGAUGGGAACGAGGAUGGGCACCUGGAUGGUGACAAGGAUGAUCUUGGGUUUCGCCGUUACGAAUUUCAUAUGGUAAUUGAGAAGGAUGCGUGCCACUAG